AUGUUCGGCGCCUACCUCUCCGCGGCCCUCUCCAGUUCCGGCAAGGGCAAACCCAUGGAGGUGGAGGCCGCCCCUGUCCCGGUCCAGGAGCCGCCCGGGCAGAAGCCGAAGGUGGACCAGAAGACGAAGACGGCGGCAACUAAGCUGCGGCCGUCGAAGAAGGUCCGCAAGGUGGCCAAGCUCGCCGUGCAGUCGCUGGAGACGUACUACGGCGACCGUGCUUACCGCUUCCUGUUCGACGUUGUCGCCGACUUCUUCGCCGCCCUCCUUGCGACGGACCUCGAGCAGCUGGCCCUCGACGGCAAGAAGAGGAAGAUCGGGCUCGCCGCCAAGUGGUGCCCCACGCCGGGCUCGUCGUUCGACCGCACCACGCUGCUCUGCGAGGCCAUCGCACGCCGCCUCUUCCCGCGGGACUCGGACCCCGAGUACGCCCAGCUCUCCGACGAGCACUACACGUACCAAACCCUCCACCGCCUCCGCCGCGAGGUGCUCGUGCCGCUGCGCAAGGUCCUGGAGCUCCCUGAAGUGUACAUGAGCGCGCAGCGGUGGUUGGAGCUGCCCUACACCCGCGUGGCCUCGGUGGCCAUGAGGCGCUAUAAGGUCCUCUUCAAGAAGCACGACGAGGAGCGCUUCGACAAGUACCUGGAGGACGUGGAGGCCGGCAAGGCCAAGAUCUCGGCCGGGGCGCUGCUGCCCCACGAGAUCGCGGCGGCCGCCUACCGCGGCGAGGAGGACGAAGUGUCGGAGCUGCAGUGGCGCCGCAUGGUGGACGACCUCCGCUCCAAGGGGUCGUUGUGCAAUUGCAUCUCAGUCUGCGACGUGUCCGGCAGCAUGACCGGCACUCCCAUGGAGGUGUGCAUCGCGCUCGGCGUGCUCACGUCGGAGCUCAGCGAGGAGCCGUGGGCGGGCAAGGUGAUCACCUUCAGCGAGAGGCCCGAGCUCCAGCUCAUCAACGGCAACACCCUCCGUGAGAAGAUGAGGUUUGUGCAGCGUAUGGACUGGGACAUGAACACCAACUUCCAGGCAGUGUUCGACCAGAUCCUCCGCACGGCGGUGGAAGCCCGGCUGGCGCCGGAGAAGAUGAUCAGGACUGUGUUUGUGUACAGCGACAUGGAGUUCGACCAGGCGUCGGGGUGCGAGGACGACGACCACGAUGACUACUCUGAGGACGAGGACGAGGAGGAGGAGGAGGUGCAGCGGUCGUGGGGCACAGACUAUGAAGUGAUCUGCCAGAAGUUUAGGGACGCCGGGUACGGGGACGUGGUGCCGCAAAUCAUCUUCUGGAACCUGCGGGACUCUAAAUCGACGCCGGUGACGGCGACACAGCCUGGGGUGGCCAUGGUGAGCGGCUUCUCCAAGAACUUCCUCAAGAUCUUCCUGAAGAAGGACGGCGUGGUGAACCCCGAGGCCAUUAUGAUGGAGGCCAUCUCCGGCGAUGAGUACCAGAAGCUGGCUGUGUUCGACUAG